AUGGAGGUGAGCCUGGGACGCGGUGAAGGGGUCCAGAACCGAGUCUCCAACCCCGACAGUAACAGGCAGGUAUCUGUGGACUACCAGCUGGAGCCUUGCCGAAGCUCUCUGCUGCCUCUGCAGUGGAAGAUUACACACAGCUCCCGCUGGGUAGCGCAGGUGUUGGCCUCAGAGCUCAGCCUGCUCGCCUUCAUCCUGCUGCUGGGCAUGGUCUUUUCUAAGAAAUGGCUGUACCUCUCGAGAAGCCGCUUCCACCAGCACUGGCCUGCGAACGUUACCACCAAAAUCUACACAUCGGCUCAUAUCAUGUCCUUGGGGCUCCUGCAGAUCUGCAAAUCCAAGAGCUGUGCCAACGCCGAGAAUGGGAAAGACAGUUUCAAGCUGUGGACAAAUCACCCGGUCCUUGGGGUGGCCAAGAUAACCUUCUGCCUGGCCUUGGGGCUGGGCUUCCUCUUCACCCUCUGGUUGCACCUGCCCUACAUACCUGGUCUUCAGAGAUUGCCCUUCUUUGGCUGGAUUGGGACUUUCAUGAGCUUCUGUGAAGUUUUCUUCAUUUUCUUCACCCUCAUACUGUUCCCUAUUAAUGUCUGGAUCUUCGAGUUGAAGAAAAAUGUAUCCAUCCCCAUUGGCUGGAGCUAUUUCAUUGGUUGGCUGGUAUUUAUCCUAUAUGUCACCUGUGCGGCCCUCUGCUACUUCAACCAUUCACGUUUCUGGUGUCUGAUUCUGAGCCAUCCCUCUGGCACCGUGUCCUCCAGCAGCAGUUCCAGCUCCAUCCAAGACACUGUGAAUGAGCAGGUUGCCUCAACCAUGACCAUCAGCCAGGAGGAAGUCUUGGAUCCGGAGUCAAAGAUGGCAGCUCUGUAACCUUCUCUGAACUCCUCGCACCAAGUUCUGUCCAUUCAUCUGAAUCCCUCUCCUCCUCCCUUCCCCUAAACUCUUGAGUAGGUCGGCCCUCCUCACUGCAAAGGAAUUAGAGAGGGAGGACUUGAGGCCAGCUUUG